AUGGACAAAGACGCUGCUAUUGUCUUAGACAAAAUAGCUAUUCAGCCUGGCUCGAACUACUGUUCUAACUUGAAAAAGUAUGUUGGUCCUGUCACACUUUCCGGUAACGGUGAGCUAGCGAACCAUCUAUUGGUAUUCAUGCUAGUUUUUUUGAGGUCCCAGUGGAAGCAAGUGGUUGGAUACCACUUCACCGGGGAUUCGAUAAAAAAUGGAGGAAUCAAAUCGAUACUCUUCGAGUUAAUCAACAGGGCUGAAGCGAUAGGGCUGCAGGUGCAUGCCGUAAUAAAUGAUUGUGGAGGAGCAAACAAGAAGUUGUGGAAUGACAUCGGCGUUAAACACUCACGUGAGCGAGUCAUGAUGAACACUCCGAUUCCACACCCCUCCGAUCCCACACGCACGCUGGAAAUCGUACCUGAUUCCGUUCAUGUAUUCAAGAGCAUGAUCCAUGGUUGGAUCAAAAAGCGAACAAUUGAACUACCGGAAGCUGUGGUUCAAAAACAUGCGUUGUCUGGUUCUACAGCAGAUAUCACCCACCUAACAGAGCUGGUUGCAUAUGAAGCGCAUUGCGAUUUAAAAAUGGCUUGCGGGUUGACAGAAGACGACGUAAACUUUUCAAAACCGCACUCUAACUUUGACAAAAUGAAGGUGAAAAUGCUACGAAAUACGCUAAUCAUACUGUGGUAUCAGCAUUGCAAUGCUUCAGUGCUCAGAGUGGGCGGAAAGAGCUUUUGA